AUGUUUGUAAACAAGGUCGGUAAGCAAUGGUUUGUGCCAUUGACUGUUAUUUUGUAUACGCUGCUAUUGUUGGUGCUACCUGUUAACAGUGGCAAUUUCCUUGUCAAAGGUGAUGACUCCAACAAUUACGGUACUGUUAUUGGUAUUGAUUUGGGUACUACUUAUUCUUGUGUUGCUGUCAUGAAAAACGGUAAGACUGAGAUUUUGGCUAACGAGCAAGGUAACAGAAUCACGCCUUCUUAUGUGGCUUUUACGGACUCCGAAAGACUAAUUGGUGAUGCCGCCAAGAACCAGGUCGCUGCCAAUCCAGCCAACACCAUCUUCGACAUCAAGAGACUGAUCGGUAUGAAGUUCGAUGACAGAUCGGUCCAAAAAGAUAUUAAACAUCUGCCAUUCGAUGUCAUCAACCAAGGCGGUAAACCUGUUGUGCAGGUUUCUGUUAAAGGCGAAAAAAAAAUAUUCACUGCAGAGGAAGUUUCCGGUAUGAUCUUAGGUAAAAUGAAACAGAUUGCCGAAGAUUAUCUGGGCACUAAAGUGACUCACGCUGUCGUCACCGUUCCUGCUUAUUUCAACGAUGCCCAAAGACAGGCCACGAAGGAUGCCGGUACUAUUGCCGGUUUGAACGUCUUGAGAAUCGUUAACGAACCAACUGCCGCAGCUAUUGCUUACGGUCUAGACAAGACUAAUGACGAGCAUCAAAUUAUUGUCUACGAUUUAGGUGGUGGUACUUUCGAUGUCUCUUUAUUAUCUAUCGAAAAUGGUGUCUUCGAGGUUCAAGCUACCGCUGGUGACACUCAUUUGGGUGGUGAAGAUUUCGAUUAUAAGAUCGUUAGACAAUUGAUCAAAUCCUUCAAGAAGAAGCAUGGUAUUGACGUCUCCGACAACAGUAAGGCUUUGGCUAAGUUGAAGAGAGAAGCCGAGAAGGCUAAAAGAGCUCUUUCAUCUCAGAUGUCUACUAGAAUUGAAAUCGACUCCUUCGUUGAUGGUAUUGACUUAAGUGAAACUUUAACUAGAGCUAAAUUCGAAGAAAUGAACAUUGAUCUAUUCAAAAAGACUUUGAAACCAGUUGAAAAAGUUUUGGCUGAUGCAGGUUUGGACAAGAAAGAUAUUGAUGACAUUGUCUUGGUCGGUGGUUCCACAAGAAUUCCAAAGGUUCAACAAUUAUUAGAAUCCUUCUUUAACGGCAAGAAAGCAUCAAAGGGUAUCAACCCAGAUGAAGCUGUUGCCUUCGGUGCUGCUGUUCAAGCUGGUAUCUUAUCUGGUGAAGAAGGUGUUGACGACAUUGUCUUAUUAGAUGUUAAUGCUUUAACGUUAGGUAUCGAAACCGCUGGUGGUGUCAUGACUCCAUUAAUCAAGAGAAAUACUGCUAUUCCAACCAAGAAAUCUCAAAUUUUCACUACUGCUGCUGAUAACCAACCAACUGUCACCAUCCAAAUUUUCGAAGGUGAGAGAGCUAUGUGCAAGGACAAUAACUUGUUAGGCAGAUUCGAAUUGACUGGUAUCCCACCUGCUCCAAGAGGUGUUCCACAAAUUGAAGUCACUUUUGCCUUAGAUGCUAAUGGUAUCCUACAAGUUACCGCCACCGAUAAAGGUACCGGUAAGAGUGAAUCCAUCACCAUCUCAAACGAUGAAGGUAGACUAUCAAAGGAAGAUAUUGACAGAAUGGUGGACGAUGCUGAAAAGUUUGCUUCCGAAGAUGCUGUCAUCAAGGAGAAGAUCGAAUCUAGAAAUAAAUUAGAAAAUUACGCUCACAACUUGAAGAACACUGUUGAAGGUGAUUUAGCCGACAAGAUUUCCGAAGAAGACAAAGAAACCAUUCUAGAUGCCGUCAGUGACGCUUUAGAUUGGUUAGAUGAUAACUUCGAUUCCGCAAUGGCUGAAGAAUUCGACGAAAAGUACGAAGCCCUAUCCAAGAUUGCUUACCCAAUCACCUCUAAAUUAUACCAAGGUGCUGGUGCUGGCGGUGCUGCUUCCGAUGAAUAUGCUGAUGAAUUCGAUGACGACGAGGAAGACGACGGUGACUACUUCGAACAUGAUGAAUUGUAA